AUGGGUGAACAAGAACAAGCCGCAGGACCUGUACAGGUGUACAAUUGUCCGUUCAGAUUACCUCCCCAACUUGAUUUAUCCUCUGGAAAUGUAUCCGAGAACUACAAAAAGUGGAAAAGACAAGUUGAAGUUUACAUGUCUGCGUCAGGAGGAAUCGACAAAAGUAAAGAGGUACAAGUAGCAAUUAUUUUGAGUUGUGGUGGACCUCACGUAGUUGAGAUAUAUGACCAGUUUCAGUGGGAAGACGAAUCCCAUAAGAAUGACCCUGCUAAGUUAUAUGAGAAGCUACAGGCCUAUUGUAAUCCUCGUUCCAACGAAGUGUUAGAGUCUCACAGAUUCUGGAAGUUACCUUAUCAGGAACCCUUUGACAAAUUUCUUACAGAAUUAAGAACACGUGCAGCGUCGUGUAAUUUCCAGGAACAAGAGAGGAUGAUGCGUGACAAGAUUGUAUUUACAGCUACUGGUAAGCUACAAGAACUACUGUUACGAGAAGACAAAUUGACUUUGAACAGAGCAAUUCAGAUAUGUAGGGCUUUUGAACAGUCAAAUAUACAUGUGAAGGAGCUGCGAGAAAACAUCACUUCAUCUAUCAAAGUGAAUAAACUAUCUACAAACAAACGUCAGAAAAACUUCACAAAGCAGAAAGUGACACACAAACAGAAAAGUGAAUUACAGUCUUCGAGCAAGGAGAAGAAAGAGUGUGAUUUCUGUGGUUAUAAACAUGAACAUGGCAAAUCAAAUUGUCCGGCAUGGGGCAAAAGAUGUGACAAGUGCAACGGGAGAAAUCAUUUUAAGUCCAAAUGUAAGAAAAUACAUGCUGUUGGUGAAGAUAGUGAAGACAGUCCAGAGUUAGAAGACAGUUGGCUCCUCGCAUUGAAAAGUAAAGACAGACAGAGCAAAGACAUCACUGCGAUAAUGAAUGUAAAUGAUUGUGACGUACGUUUUCAGUUGGACAGUGCAGCUGACGUAAAUACCAUUUGUCAGAAAUAUGUGAAGAAGGAACAGUGUCGUCCGUCAAACAUUCGUCUUAACAUGUGGAACAACACUCAUAUGAAACCCCUCGGUGAAGCCGAUCUUGAUGUAAUCAAUGUGCGUUCCAACGUCGUCCAGAAACUUAGAUUUGUAGUUGUGCAAAACAAUCUUACCUGUCUACUUGGCAAGGAUGCAAUUCAAGACAUGGGACUUGUGACAGUGAACAGUACAUCUAUACAUUCUUUAACACAGUACACACACGGAGAAAGUGAGAAGUUCAUAUCUAAAAUUGGAUUAGAACAGCCUCUUGGUGACUUGGGCAUAGCAACUCUGAAAGUUGACCCCAGUAUUCAACCCAAAGUACUUCCGUGCAGGAAAAUACCGAUUGCUAUCCAGGACUCAGUUAAGCAGGAAAUUGACAGACUUGUUGAUCGAGGUGUUUUGAUACCAAUUACAGAACCAACUUUGUGGGUUAGUCAGAUGGCAGUGGCUCACAAGUCGGAUGGAAAGUUGCGAGUUUGUAUAGAUCCACAACCUCUUAACACAGCUCUGAUACGAGAGUACUACAGAUUACCUGUAUUAGAUGACGUACUUCCAAAGCUAACGAAUGCUAAGGUAUUUAGCAAACUUGACGUUAAAGAAGCGUUUUGGCACGUUCGCCUUGAUGAGAAGUCGAGCAAACUUACAACUAUGAUAACGCCAUUCGGGAGAUACAGGUGGGCUCGUUUACCUUUCGGAUUGAAAGUGUCUAGUGAAAUCUUCCAGCGACGGUUAGACGAAGCAUUAUCAGGACUGGAAGGUGUGUUUAGCAUUGUUGAUGACAUUAUCAUUGCAGGAUGUGGUGACAGUGAAGAAGCAGCAAAACGUGACAAUGAACUCAAGAUGCAGAAAGUUUUCCAGAGAUGUGAAGAGAGACAUAUUACACUAAACAAGGAUAAGGAAGAAUCCGGACUUCGUGAAAUUUCAUUUCAUGGACACAAAAUUUCUAAAGAUGGUGUCAAGGUUGAUGAAAGUAAAGUGAAAGCUAUCCUUGAAAUGCCAGCACCGACUGAUGUCUCGGGAAUCAAACGCUUAUGUGGAAUGGUUCAAUACAUGUCAAAAUUCCUACCAGAUUUGUCGAAGGUAUUGGAACCGCUACGACUACUUACCCGUAAAGACCAAAAGUGGAACUGGGACAGCAAAUGUGAGUCAGCAUUUCAGACUUUGAAGCAUAAGUUGACAGAAACUCCAGUUCUGGCUUAUUUUGAUCCUUCAAAGGAUGUUACACUGCGCCAUUUGAAUGGAACAAAACAACAAGUUGACAGCAGCAAAGAAGGAAUUGGUGCCGUACUACUCCAAGAUGGAAAGCCGGUCGAGUACGCAUCAAGAGCUCUUACAGAAGCAGAGAGAAAAUGGGCUCAGAUAGAGAAGGAAGCUUUAUCAGUUCUCUAUGGACUUGAACGCUUUGAUCAGUACACUUAUGGAAGAAAAGUUUUUAUCCAUAAUGAUCACAAACCAUUAUCUGCUAUAUUGCGCAAACCAUUAGGAUUAGCACCUAAAAGACUGCAAGACAUUAUGAUGCGUUACUUCAGAUACGAUGUAGAAUUUGUAUUUGAGAAAGGAGUGAACCUUGUUAUAGCGGAUACACUAAGCCGAGCUUUUCUCAUGACAACGAAAGGAAGUGUUGAUGAGCGUCACAGGAUUCUAUCUGUCUCGACGUUACAAGAAAAUGACGUACCAGAUAUCAGGAUUCAAGAAAUUAAGGACAUGACUGCUAAAGAUUCAGAGAUGCAAACAUUGGCUGACACCAUAGCCAAUGGAUGGCCUGACAGUAAACAAAAUCUUCCAACGAGUGUGCGUCAUUACUUUGAUUUUCGUGACACUCUUAGCUUUGAAGAUGGACUCAUCUUGAAAGGUGAAGCAGUCGUCAUUCCAAAGGCACUUAGAUCAGAAAUGAAGAUGCGAUUACACAAAGCACAUCUAGGAUAUGACAGUAUGAUUAGGAGAGCUCGUGGUGUUAUUUUUUGGCCUGGGAUGAAAUCCGACAUAAAACAGAUUGCAGAUUAUUGUGGAAUUUGUCAGGAAAGAAAACCGAGAAACUGUAAGGAACCUUUACUUCAGCAUUCAACAUGUGAAUUUCCCUGGCAGAAAAUUGGACUUGAUUUAUUCGAGAUACAAGGAAAACACUACAUGGUCUCGGUAGACUACUUUUCCAGUUUUAUUGAGGUAGAUUACUUACCAACAACGACAAGUGCAAGAGUUAUUUCAUUGCUUAAGAAACAGUUCUCUAGAUUUGGCAUACCAAACAUUAUAAUAUCGGAUGGUGGACCACAAUUUAGAUGUCAAGAAUUUCAGGAUUUUGUGAAGACCUGGAAGAUCGAUCACAAAUUCUCAUCUCCGAUGCAUCAGCAAGCAAACGGAAAGGCUGAAUCUGCGGUGAAGAUCAUCAAAACACUGAUGAUAAAAGCACAGGAGGAUGGAACAGAUCCGUAUGAAGCGUUACUUGAACAACGUUGUACUCCAAGACAGGAUACCGGUUUAAGCCCAGCACAGAUGAUGUUCAACAGAGAGAUACGUGCUACACUCCCUAUGAGAUCUCGAGUGAGCAAUGAUUUUGGAAUAGUGAAAUCCAAACACAGAUCCAGACAGAUUGCCGUGAAGAAAUCUUACGACAAGAAAGCACGAAACUUACCUGAAGUCGAUACUGGACAGUCCGUUUAUUUCCAACACCGGGAAGGACAGUAUUGGAAGCUUGGAAAAGUGAUUCAAAUACUUGGACAGAGAACAUACGUUAUUGCAGACCAACAAGGAGUCGAAUAUCGAAGGAACCGAAUUCACAUUAGACCAACCAAAAUACAGACCCAUAUUCGUGAUCAAUCUCCAAUUCGUGAUGAACCAAUCAGCAAACGUGUACUCUGUGAAUUUCCAAAACCGUUUAGUGGACCAAACGAGUCUAUAUCUAGCAAACAGAUACCGGUGAUUACAGGCUCGAACGAACAACUUUGCGUACCAAACUCGAUUUCAGAAACUGCCGUCAGCAAGCCUCAUAAGGAUAUUACGCCAGAUACUCGUGCAAUGCCAAUAUCGCGUGAACCGUCUUCAAGGAUCCGUAGGAAACCAGCAUACUUGAAAGAUUAUGUCCAAAAGUGA